AUGGAAGAUGUCCAAAAGAUGUUGCUAAGAAGUCCCAAAGACAUCCUGUUUGAGAUGUUGGAAACCAUCCAACUGAAGAUAUCAGAAUACAAUAUGAGUGAAGAGAAUGUCCGAUUCAAAAUAAGAGCAGUGGACAGAGAAUGGAUUGUAUCAGAUUUGACACUCUUGAAUAAAUUGGCUGAUCUCAAAAAGAAAGCUGCAGAUCUCACAGGGUAUGACCUGUCACACCUUGUGAUCCGCCAGUCUUUAUCUCGGCCUGACUUUGACUUCUCCAAGUGUGAUGACCAGAAGACACUAAGAGACCUGGGCUUUGCUCAUCAAGAGUGUUUACAUGUGAGUGAUAUGGGACUUGUACCAGGCAAGAAUCACAGGGAUGGCAGCAACAUGGGAUUGCCAGUAAUAGAUUCUGCUGGAGACUCCAAGAAGCCCAUUCAAAAUUCUUCUCAGCCAAAGCUUCAUCAUCCUAUAAAAGGAGGGGGAGGCCAUGGAACAAAUCACUUCAGAGAAGAGGAUGAAGCUCCACCAGAAGUGAAUGAAAUUUCUACAAGCCACAAUAAUGGCACCAGGAAGGGUGUUCUCCUUCGAAAGUCAAUUGCUGCAGACAAUGCCUGUCUCUUCUCCAGCCUUCACUUCCUACUAGACUGCAAGGAGAAUGAGCAAGACUCAGUGAGAACUAUGCGAAAUAUGGUGUCUGAUUAUAUCGAAGCUGAGCCAGAUGAGUUUCCUGAAGCUGUCCUUGAACGUCCCCGUGAUGAUUACAUAGAAUGGAUCAAGCGUGAAACAUCCUGGGGAGGAGGCAUCGAGUUGGCUAUACUUUCAAGAGUUUUUGAAGUAGAAAUAGAUGUGAUUUAUACUCAGAGUGGUUCAGUGAGCAAGUUUGGAGAGGACAUGCUUCACAAUUCUCGUGUCCUUUUGCUUUAUGAUGGGAUACAUUAUGAUGCUCUCUACAAGUCCUACUCAACACCUCAUGGUGAACAAGUGAGGAAGAUCUUCCCUCUAUCUGACAACCAGGUCUUGGAGGAGGCCAAGGAAUUGGCAUGUGAGCUUCGAGGAUCCAGUCGCUACAUUGACACUCGAAAGUUGAAUGUGAUGUGCAGCAAUUGUAACAUACUUCUUACUGGCACAGGAGGUCCAGAAGCUCAUGCCCGAGAGACAGGGCAUAUCCACUUCAAAGAAUGCAGUGUGCCUCAAAGUGCAAAUAUAUCUUUAAACAGGGAUAAUGGCAAUAAAUCAUAGCCUUCACAAGAGAAACCUUGAAGUACAAAAGAAUAUGAAGACCUCACACUGUCAUUCAUUGUUUGAACAGCUCCAUGAAAGUAUCCUUGUUGUCAGUUAUCAAGAUCCUCUCUUUUUUUUUUAAUUAGAGCAUUGGAAGUCUGUGAUGAGGCUCAAGUGAUAUGUACUUGAAGCUUUACUUCUUUACCAUCCAAAGGAGACAGGAAAGCACAAAGAUUUGAUACAAAAAGGAAAAACCCUUCCUAUUCAUUUAACACCAAGCAGUUUCACAGUCAUUUGCUCUUUUUUAAAUGUCAUCGAAGGCUUUGCAUGUCACCCUGAUAAUUCUGAUAGUCCUAAAAUUUUCAACAUUCACCCAUUUGGUUUAGAAUGAUAUAAUUUCAGGAAUUCAUGUCAGUAUUCAUUGCUAAGAGGAGAAAGGUAACUUUGCUACCUUGAAAAUAAGAAAUCUCAAAAUGGGGUACCAGUUUUCAGUAAAACAGAUAGUAGUAUGAGACUGAAAUGUUUCUUCAGGAACUGAUUCAUGAUGAGACCUUGUCAAUGGAAGUCAUGGUUUUGAGGCUAGAG